AACCCACCUACCUCACCUUCAGCCUUCAGUCCCUCUCACUGUCUCUCACACUCGCAGCCUCCAUCAAUCCCUCUCACACACACCGGCCUCCACACUCCGGCCUCCACGGCUACUCCACACGCUAGCCUCUCCGUUUCUCACGCAGUCUCUCUCUCAACCGAAAACCGACCGAAAUUGACCACAACCGAAAUAAACCGAAACCGAUUGAUUCUCAAUUAUUUCGGUCGGUUUCGGUUGAAAAUUUCACAAACCAAAAUUUUCGGUUUCGGUUGGCCGCCUCUCUAUGCCUCCCUCGUUCAUCAGCUCUCUCUCUUAGGUUUUGAAUUCAAGUAUGGAAUUGGAAGGGACUACCAGCUCAAAUUCCAAUGACACAGUUAAAAAACAAGCCCCCCAAUUAGCUACAUUGUUGAAAGAGAUGAAGAAAGGGUUAGAUACUGUAAGGACUAAAGUACAAGCUUUAACUUCUAAGGUGAAAGCAAGUCAGUUCCCGACAGCAGAUGGGAUAAGCUAUCUUGAAACCAAACAUUUGCUUCUCCUAAACCAUUGCCAGUCACUGGUCUAUUAUCUACUUCGCAAAGCAAAAGGUUUCUCAAUUGAGGGGCAUCCUGUUGUUCGGAGCCUAAUAGAGACAAGAUUGUUUUUGGAGAAGAUAAGACCAAUUGACAAAAAACUCCAAUACCAAAUCCAUAAGCUUUCAAGGGUUACCACAGAUACAACAGAAGUUGUAGGUCCAAGUAAAAAGGAAUCGGAUGCCUCCAAGAGGAUAGAGGAUCCAUUGAUGUAUCAUCCAAACCCCGACAUGCUUGUUCCCCAAUAUGAAAUAGUACCUCCGGAAGGUGGUGGUGGUGUGUAUCGACCCCCCAAACUUGUCCCUGCAUUUAUGGAGGAAGAUAAAAUCUCAAAGAAGGAAAGGAAUGCCUUGAGAAAGGAGAAACAGAUGCUUCGACAAUCUAGGCAGAGUGAUUUUAUGCGUGAGAUGAUGGAUAAUAUGGAGGGGAGACCUGAAGAGGUCAGAGAAAUUAUUGGAGCUGAAAGUGUUGAGGUUUCUAGGUAUAAGGAAAAAAUGGAGAAGCGUGCUCGGCAGGAAGAAGAGCUUUUUACUCGUGCUCCUAUGACGAAGAUGGAAAAGAAGAAGGAGAAACAUUUAAAGAAAUCAAGAAAUGGAUUGCUAGGUCUGACGGAAAGUUUCUAUGAUGAAAUCAAAGCUUUACCGUUAGAGGAUGAUAACAGCGAACAAGUAACAGGCUUUGGUUAUGGUAGUGGAAAGGGGAAACUUAAGAAACGCAAGAGGAGGUAUUGAGGAACUAGAAGUUGAAAUUUUGUUUUGUUGAGCAAUUGGGAUUUAGAGCUGGAUGACAGUUUGCGCUGGUUGAGGUAGUAAUUGAGGUAUAAAGGGCUGUGUAUGGAGCAAUUUUGUUUACUUCCUGUGAUACACAUUAUUUUGCAUAGAUUUUUUUUCUUUGCUUGCUUAGAUGAAAACCAUACAAUAUUUAAGUUUCAAGUUUGAUCUCAAUUUUCUUGCUCUUUUAA